AUGGCGGCGACAACAUGUGGUUAUGAAGCAAUGCGUAGUGGGGAUGCUAUUUUAUUCUAUAUUAAUCGUGAUGGCCUUCCUUUAUCAGAUCGAUGUACUGAACGUAUGUGGACGUUUUGUAUGGAACAGUAUCCUAAAAAUGCAUUAGAAAUAAAAACAAUACGUGAUCGAAUUAAUGAUCAUCCUCAAAUGGUAUAUGUGGAUCCACCUUAUCAUGUAGCAACACAUCCUCGUUUAACUCUACAAGAAAAAUUACAACAAAUACAAACAUAUAUUCAACGUCUUGAAUAUAAUUAUACUGGUAUGCAAUUUUUCGAUCUUAAUGCAAAUCGUCCAAUAUCUGGUUUAAUGGAUACUGCUAGACAUAUAAUGACAGAAUCAUUACCAAUAAAAUGUUUUGAAGCCUUUUUAAUUGCUAUUUAUUUAACAACAGGUAUUGUAGGUCUUGAACGUUUCAAUAUAUCAUUUAAAACACGUUUUAAUUCAAUUGUUUAUCGUCAUAUUGUUCUUGGUGUUAAAUAUGGUCAAAUGUAUGGAGCAUUAGGUUUAAGUCGUCGUACUGAUCUUGCAUAUAAACCAUUAAAUGGUAAAUAUGAACGUUUAUCAACAUUAAUUGAUGAUUAUUUACAAGCAUAUAAAAAUUAUGGUCAUACUGUUUUACGUGUUAAAAUUGGUUUACCGGUCAUACAUGAUUUGAAAGCAUAUUUAACAAUAAAUUGGAAAGCCAUUGUUAUUUUACCAAAUAAAACUGAUAAAAUUGAAUAUGAACGUGAAUUAGAUAAAAUUGUUCGUAUAUGGAGACAAAUGAGUAUUUAUACAUCAUAUCGAUCAAAUGUUCCAUUAGCAUCAACAGUACAACCAACAAAUACACUUAUUACAGCAGCAUCAUUACCAAAUCGUUUACAAUCAUUAUCAUUUCGAUCAAAUCGUGAAGCAUCAUUAACUUGUCGUCGAUCUGCUAUCAAGAAAACAACAACAACUGAUGACAAUCAUGCAACUGAUAGAGAUCAAUCUCUUCCUUGUGCGAUUCGAGUUUAA